ACCUGUUUGCUGCGUAGUUAAUAGUCCGCCAUGUUGCUUGCUAUGUUCAGCCUAAAAUUGGUGCCGUCUGAGUACUGUCCACUUUUAACAUUGUUUAAGUAAAUUAAUGUAAAACUCUUACUGUAGAAUCAUCCAGUACCCAAAAUGUUGAGGGUCUGCGAAAAACUUCGCGUAGUGGACGUCAAGAGUAAGAGAUUCGGACUAGCGCGUACGGAGACAGACUACCUCCGUGCCCUGCAGGACGCCAUGGCGAACAUGGACAGGUGUGUGGAAGUGGAGGUGCUCAAAAGUCUAGGCGACGUGAACUUGGAAAAGGGGCAAAUGGACAAGAACUUAGAAAUGUUUGACAGAGCCAUGGUGUUGUACAGAACCGCACUGAUCCGGUGUAACGACGCAGAUGUGGGAGAAAGUCUUGAACAUCGCUACCACUUUGCAGAAAAACUAAGGUUAGGGAAGCGAUUAACAGUUUUAAGUAGUUAUGAGCCCCUUGAUAGCCUCAGGAAACUUUGUUCGCUGCCUAAUGUAGCAGAGAGGUUCCUAGAUAUAGACAGAAGAUUGACUGUUAGCGGCAAAAGCCUCUUUUUGCAUAUUGAAUAUACCAGAUUGAUGGUAGAAGGGAUCGUAAGCGACGACAAUGUGUUAGAGGCGGAAGCGAUCAAGAGUCUCGGCGACGUGUACCUGAAAAGAGGAACAGAAACUAGAGACACGACAUGUUUGACCAAGGCCACUGCUCUGUACAACACUGCACUGGCACGGUGUGAGCGGUUCCAGGGUACAGUGGCACUCAUUCACCGCUUACUGUACACCGGAAGAAUCAGACAAAAGAGAACGACAGGAAAGAAGAAUCCAAAGCGCAGAUUACAACAACAGCAGGGUCACGUUUCACGGGACUUCCCGAUUACGUCACCCAACACUGACGUCAGCGAUGUCAAGGGCCAUCAGUCUAUAUCUUACGAGGAGUACCUGACCACAGGGGACCGCGCACUGACUGAUGGGAAGCUGGACGUGGCAGAACAGAACUUUGCGUCUGCUCUAAGAGAGAUUCACAAGCCGAGCAAACCCGAUCGAGGUAAGGAGGCUGAAUGCCUGUCCAGACUUGGUGACGUUUACGUCCAGCGAAGUAAAACAGCAAAAGAAGGUAGGAAAUUCACACAGGCAGCAGCUCUGUACAACGCAGCCAUGGCAAGAACAGACAAGAACAAACAUAGUGUGACAAAAAAACUACAGGAGAUAGAAAAAUUGUUUCUCUAUUACACAGGAAAUGUAGAAACAAAACACGUUCCUCCUGAUUUGGCUAUAGGUCAUAAGAAGCGAUUACAAGAGAUGCGCACGCGCGCUAAGUCACAACUAGAAGCCAUCGAUCAGCAACACAACCCGUACCAAUACGACGAGGAUGACCCGGUCAUGAUAACAGUCGAGGCUGAGAGAGCUGAAGCAGUCAAGUCUCUAUUCAAGAACAUUGCCAGAGAUAGACAGAGUUUUAUCCAAGGCCUUGUUGAUGAGUGCAUUGGCACACUCGGUCCUCCUCCUUGUAAGUACGCUUUCAUCGGGUUGGGCUCACAGGCAACAGAACUGGUCACACCUUACUCUGACCUGGAGUUCGCCAUUCUGAUUGAGGAAGGGAAGGACAAUGACGACACACGGCGGUACUUCCUAAAUCUCACACACUACCUACACCUGAAAGUCAUCAACCUCGGAGAGACCAUUCUCCCAGCCAUGGCCAUCCCGUCACUCAACGAUUUUCUAUCCGAGGAUCCGGAGAAAGACUGGUUCUUUGACUCUGUAACGCCGCGUGGGUUUGCUUUUGACGGCUUCAUGCCAUGGGCCAGCAAGACCCCGUUUGGAAGAGACGAGACGAAAAGGAAGCGGCCCGUAAGCCUUAUCCAAACCCCUGCCGAAAUGGCAAAGUUUCAGGAACUAGACGUUUCCGUGGCAGAAGGGUACCACUUGUCAGACAUCCUCAGGCGGGUUGUUUUCUUAACAGGAGAAGAGGCCCUCGUGACGACUUAUAUGGGAAAACUUAACAAAGUCGUCACAGAUGAUGUACUCUCACAUUUCAUGUCCAGAAUGUCUGUGAUACAAAUCUUACUGGAUAACAUUGAGCAGUUUUCUUCCUAUGAGCCUACUGGUCAACUGCUAAAUGUCAAGAAAGACAUUUAUCGUUUUCCUGGCAUUGUCAUCGAAGUACUAGCUCUGUGCUGUCAGAUUACUCUUGCCAGCGCGUGGAACAUCAUAGAUAAACUAAAGGAAAUGGAAAAAAUCCACGAAGAGAAUGCAACCCACCUGACGGUUCUGACCAGUAUCUCAGCUGAGCUGCGGUUAAGAACAUACCUAAACAACGGGGGACAAGAAGACAAGGUCGAAUAUCCAGAACACUAUGCCUGUAUGAUAGAGCAAAACACCAUCUAG